CAGAAGAGGUGCACGUUAUAUAACCGCCCAGGCUCACUUUCUAAUUGGCGUAGAAGCUGUCAGUCCAAACCAUGCUCUCCAAUGGACUACUUGCUUUCUGUCAAACACAGGCCGCCAUGUUCUGUUCCCGGGGGCUUGUAGAUUUCUUGGAGCGGAGUCUGCCACGCCGAGGAGUGCGUAAAACAGUGUUCUGGGCUUCAAACUUCGCGCUGGGUUUAUCCUAAAGAACUGAACUAAUCGCUAUGAGCCACCCGUCCUCUGCGGGCGGCGGGGGCGGAGGACUUGGUGCCGGGAAAGCAGGAGGAGGAAAGCACGGAGGUUCGGGAGGAGCUGCGGCCGCCGCAGCUGCAGUCGCCGCCGCGGCCGCCGGAGUAGGAGCUGUGGCCGGGUCUGUCUCGGCUCUACCUGCGGCUGUUGUUUCCUUGCCCUCAGCAGCACUACCUGGACAAUCUGCUGAACUUACAGCCUUGUUUGAGUGCCCGGUUUGUUUUGACUACGUUCUGCCACCGAUUCUGCAAUGCCAGGCCGGACAUCUAGUUUGCAACCAAUGUCGUCAAAAGCUGAGUUGUUGUCCAACUUGUCGAGGCCCUCUUACCCCGAGUAUCAGGAACUUGGCUAUGGAAAAAGUUGCCUCUACUCUACCGUUUCCUUGUAAGUACGCAUCAGCCGGCUGCCUGUUGUCCCUCCACCACAGUGAGAAGCCUGAACACGAGGAAGUGUGUGAGUUCCGUCCCUACACCUGCCCGUGCCCCGGAGCUUCCUGUAAGUGGCAGGGCUCCCUGGAGGCUGUCAUGCCCCACCUGAUGCAUGCCCACAAGUCCAUCACCACCCUGCAGGGAGAGGACAUCGUCUUCCUGGCCACAGACAUCAACCUGCCGGGGGCUGUGGACUGGGUCAUGAUGCAGUCCUGCUUCGGCCACCACUUUAUGCUGGUCCUGGAGAAGCAGGAGAAGUACGAGGGCCACCAGCAGUUCUUUGCCGUGGUGCUGCUCAUCGGAACGAGGAAGCAGGCCGAGAACUUCGCCUACCGCCUGGAGCUCAACGGGAACCGGCGGCGCCUCACCUGGGAGGCCACGCCCCGCUCCAUCCACGACGGCGUGGCGGCCGCCAUCAUGAACAGCGACUGUCUGGUGUUUGACACGUCCAUUGCUCACCUGUUUGCUGACAACGGCAACCUGGGGAUCAACGUCACCAUCUCUAUGUGCUGAGCUGCUCACAUGUGGAAACACACACACCCGUGCGUAGAAGUUACACACCUCUCGUUCUCAGACUUACACACAAACCAGUAUACAGUUACUGACUGCUGUGUGAUGCAGUAGAGUGUGUGUGUGUGUGUGUGAGAGGACGGGUAGGAGAUCGAGAGGAUAUAUGUGUGUGUGUGUUGCUGCUUGAGCCUUGUUGGCUCCCCAUAAUGCUUGAAUGGAGACUGGCCUGUAGCGUAGUUUCAAGGUGUGUGCCUGUUCUCGCAUUGUGUGUGCUGGAGACAGUGUACAGUAGCUUACAUGUGGUGGGCUUGUAAUGAUUGAUUCCCUACCUGUGCCCAGGUGAGUUUGCCUUGCUCCCAGGACCCCACAUCCCUCUUCAACUGCUCCCACCCCGCUCACCCCCACCACCUCUUCUGCCCAGCCAACCGGUGCCAGGCAAGGAGGGCACUGCCCAGGGUAAGAAGAGGCGGUCCGUCAAUCUGCUUCCACCCGGCAGAUUCAGAGAAGCUCCACUUCAACAGCCAGUGGCCCCUGCAGAUGCAGCUUUCUAAUCCUCACAGCGAAUCAAGUUUCAGUAAAUUGGACAGUGGACAAAUCGGGGCUUCAGAGACGCAUGUGGGCAGAGUCGGGGCCUGAUGGUGACCAAUGCGCUGCCUCCCAGUCUGGGUUAGUGUGAGCUGAGGGGUUGCUCAUGCUCUGCUAAAGGAUUACACAGACUACGAACCAACUCCUUACUGUUCAAAACAGUAAGCUGCAAAACGCAACCAUUUCCAUAAGUAUGUCAUGGUUAUUAAAACAAGCCUAUGUUAUGCCCAGAGUGUCUAUGAAAUGAAGAUGACACUGUAACUGAGAAGUUGUGUGUAUAAUAUACACUGAGUGUAUGAAACAUUAGGAACACCUUCCUAGUAUUGAGUUGCACUCCCUUUUGCUCUCAGAACAGUCUCAAUUCGUCUGGGUAUGGACUCUACAAGGUGUCGAAUGUGUUCCACAGGGAUGCUGGCCCAUGUUGACUCCAAUGCUUCCCACAGUUGUCAAGUUGGCUGGAUGUCCUUUGGGUGGUGGACCAUUCUUGAUGCACAUGGGAAACUGUAAGCAUGAAAACCUCAGCAGUGUUGCAGUUCUUGACACACUCAGACCGGUGCGCCUGGCACCUACUACCAUACCCCGUUCAAAGACACUUAAAUAUUUUGUCUUGCCCAUUCAUCCUCGGAAUGGCAUACAUACACAAUCCUUAUCUCAAUUGUCUCAAGACUUAAAAAUAUUUCGCUAACCCAUCUCCUCCCCUUCAUCUACACUGAUUUGAAAUGGAUUUAACAGGUAACAUCAAUAAUGGAUCAUAGAUUUCACCUGGUCAGUCUGUCAUGGAAAGAGCAGAUGUUCCUAAUGUUUUGUACAUUCAGGCGAUUGAUCCUGAGAUUGUAAGCAUAUCUGUCCAGCAUGUAGAAUAAAGUAAGAUUAGAUUUUUGGUCAUCAUAACGUUUCAUAAAGGUUUCGUAAUGCCUUCGUAAUGAUGGUAUGAAACCUGUCGUAAACCCUAGUGCCUAGUUAUUCACAUGGAUUCUGUAUGACAAUACAAACAACAAAUGUAAAACAAACUUAAGUUGAAUACUUACAUUCUCAAACAACAAACGCAUGUUACUUCUCCAAAGUCACAAGUUCUGUUGUUUAUACCCUGACUGAUCGAAGGUUAGCUUGUUUGCUAACAAUGAAGUCCCACGCCUUUUUGUAUGGUCAUUUUUCAUUUAAAUCCCUGAAUGAAAGACUGGACCUUGCGACUAUCAGAUUCUAUCUUACAUUUUGGUCCAAAAUGAGUUGUUCAGAUAGUUGGUCUUUUGGUGGUCCUUUACAUGUGAGAGAGGUCCGGUUUGUAAUGGAAAGAAAAAUAAUACAUUGUAAGUUCUAUUUGCGCAAACACCUUUUUAACUUUAAGGUUCUAUCUGCAAUCCAUUCACAAUGCUAGGUUGUCAAUCAAAAAUAAUUGCAUGUAAGGUGAUAUACUUAUUGAGUCAUAAAAGAGUAAGACAUCGCAAAACAGUUCUGAGAUCUGGGACUUGAAAAUUACUCCAUCUAAAAACGAUAGAUUUUGCAGAUAGAACCUUAUAGUCCUUAUGGUCCUCUUUUUCAAUUCCAAAUUUUUUUUCACCACUUUUUCAGAACAAUGGCCAUAAUGUAAGGUAAAAACUAAUAAAUACAGGUGCAUUAGAGCAUAUUUUAGGCACUUAGGAGAGGCAUUACUGUUUUUGUCUUGUUCUAUAUCAAUACGAAAACCUCCAUGGAGGUUAUUUCACUGAAAUUAUAAAUUUACCAGAUUUUAUCGAUUUAAUAGCAAGUAGUUUACUGACCUUGUGUCAGAGACCAGAACAGUAUCAGUAUCCAUAGCGAAGCUUUAACAAUGUUACUAGUUCUCCGUAGGAUAUAGUGUAUUUGCCAUUUUGGGGAACUUUUGCUUUAACAAAUGUGAUGAAUGUUAAUUAAGAAAUAAUAAUUCACUACAAAACAGUUCUGAGAUGUGUGGACUUUUAUGCUCAAUAUCUCAGAACUGCUUUGCGCAGAUAGUCCCAAGGUCUCGAGGUGUCAUGCUAUUUAAAAUAUGACAUUAUGUUCACUUCAUGACAAGUCAAGUCACAUUUUAUUGUGUGUGUUUGUGAAUACUUCAAUGUUUGCUUUGAAGAUGAGGUUAUUGUCAAGGUUUAAAGCACUGAGAAGGUUCUGGAGCAAGUCCCACAGUACCACCACGGUUGGGAUUAUUUAUGCUGUGUUUUUCUCUGCAUACACUCCUUACCAACAGAGAACAGUAGGGAGGAGGCACGCAUUUGUAAAUACACACAUUUUCUUAUUUGUUCCUAUGUGUAACAAUUCUCUUAAUCGUUGAACCUGGUUUACCUUCAAUUAUUUUAUGCUCUGAUAUACUGUAAUAUGGGGGUAGUUUUCCUCUUGUCAGUCAACCCACCACAGCCUUACUUUUGUACACAUCCUAACUAGUAUGCCCUGCGUUGGGAGGGCAUCUCUGAGGACUGACUCAGACCAACCCUUAGUGUCUUGAACAGACUCUCGGUUUGAGUGGACUUCGGGGCAAAAAUGGGCAUCCCAUAGUAGUGUAGCCAUGUACCUUCGCCCUCACCUGGCAUCAUAGUAACCGAGCAAGUACCCACCUUUCCAUGAAAUACCUCUGACGUCGACCACGGAUAUGUCUGUAAUCCAACAGUCCUCUCCUGCUCGCUCUCCUGAUGUCCUGCAUGGGGGGAGGGAUCCCCACUACUUGCCCACAAACCCCUGCAGUAUACCCAGAAACAUCCUCUGCUCCACUGCUCUCGUCUUUCUUAUAAACAUUUGAAAUAUGUAAAUGUUGGAUGACCAUAUUUUCUAAAAGAUAGUAUGAGGAUAUCCUGUUAAUUUGAGUGCUAUUUAUGUGUUCACGGUUACUCCAACUGCUGUACAGAGGUUUUGAGGUUAUUUUGAGCUGUUGUAACUACCUGGCAUUCUGCUCUGGUGGUCAGUGUCCCUGCUUUACCCACUGCCUGGAUUUCUGCCAACAGUCCUUUGGGCAGCACAGCUCUGCAGUCACUAUGGUUUAUCUGGAAUGUCAGCAAAAAAUGCUAACUGUGACGGUCAUAUUUUCCUAAGAUGGACUUUAAGCCUUUAAUACUGCGUCAGUUAUCAUGAGUCAUCGAGAACUGCAGUCCUUUCAUUUAAUCAGGGAGUCCUACUGAGACCAAUGUCUCAUUCACAGAUCAGUUCUGAAUUACAGAAAAUAAACACAUCAAUACAACAUGCAAGCAGAAAUUAAAAACAUGGUCAUAAAAAAACAAACACAUGAAUAAUAAUAGUGAUGAUAGUAAUGAUGAUCUGUUUGGCAUUGCAUUCAUGUAUUGUUAAUGGGGCAAUAGGAGAUCAAAUCAGUGAAAACUAAGGCAGAGACACUGUCCACCAAAUGAGAUUUCAGGAUUUCAUGGCACAUUUGUUUCCACUUUGCAAAUUGAAAACACCUUUAGGUCUACAUCACCAUUACCUGACAGAAACAUCUGUCAACAUUCAUAAGCAUUCUAUCAUCUAACUUAAAGUAACUGUCCAGGGAAAAGCUCACUUUUAAAAGCUCAUCUGUUCACUCAUAGCCAAAUAAUGUUGUUGACUCGUCCUACACUUGUAAUUGUGGCCAAAGCAUACAUUUGAGGGGGAAAAAACACUUCAAAAACAUAUAUCUGAAACAGACUGCUUAAAAAAUGCUUGCUAUUUCAUCAUAGAGGAGGACGUCAGGUUUUUGGCCGAGACGUCUCAUUGGCUGAGCUGGCCAAUCAGCGGUUUACUUGUCAUGAAUACUUUUAUUGACCGGUAAUACCCCCACAUCAUUCAAACACAGAGAAUCUGAUUGUUAACAUAGUUUCCCUUCCAAAAUGUGGACAUUAUUUAAUUAAUAUUGUAAUUAAUUAUAGAUCAUAGAAAUAUUUUAUAGAAAUCAGGAAACACUGGACAGCUACUUUAAACAUACGAUGGUAGUUAGAAAUAUAGAAAUCCUUUGCAGGUACUGUCAUAUGAACGCCAAGUCUUAGAAAUGCUAAUGAAUACCUAGGCUGUCAUUACAGUGGGUAUCAUAAAUAUUCAUCCCCCUUGGAUGUAUUUACAAAGUGGGAUUGAAAUGGAUGUAAUUGUGAUUUUUUUUGUCAUUAUACUACAUCAAAUACUCAAUGUCAAAUGAAAAUAAUUCUACAAAUGAAUAAACAUUUUAUAACUCAAAUAUAGUCGUUGCAUAAGUAUUCACCCCCUAAAUUUAGUUCAGGAGUAAAAUUUUGGCUUAACAAAUUACAAAAAUUACAUGGACUCACUCUGUGUGAAAUAAUAGAUUUGAUUUUUUUUUUAAUGGCUACACCUUCCUCUGUCCUCCAAAUGACAUCUGAAUGGUCCCUCAGUCAAGUAUUUAAUUUCAAGCACAGAUUCAAUUACAAAGACCAGGGAGCCACAUAAAAAGCCUCAAAAAGAAGGGCAGUGAUUGGUAGAUGAGUAACAAAUCAGCCAUUGAAUAUCUCUUUAAGCCUGGCCAAAUUAAUAAUUAUGCUGUGGAUGAUGUAUUAAACCACCCAGACACAACAGUUGUCGUUCUGAACUGAGCUGGAGGACAGGAAGGAAACUGCUCAGGGAUGUCACCAUGAGGCCAUUGGUGAUUUUAAAACUGCUACAGAGAUAAAUGGCUGUGAUGGGAGAAAGCAACUAAGGAUGGAUCAACAACAUUCUAGUUACUCCACAAUAAUGACCUAAAUGACAGAGUGAAAAGAAGUCUAUAAAUAUACAGAAUAUUCCAAAACAUGCAUCCUGUGUGCAACAAAGCACUAAAGUUAUACUGCGAGAAAACACGGCGAAUACACUUUUUGGUCUAGUUGCAAAGCCUUAUGUUUGGGGCAAAUCCAACACAACACAUCACUGAGUAACUGCCUCCUUAUUUUCAAGCAUGGCAGCAUCAUGGUACUGUAUGGGUAAGCUUGACAUUGGCACAAACUGGAAAUUUUCAGGAUAAACCCUAGAGGAAAACAGCCUUCAGUUUGCUUUCCACAAGACAUUGGGAGACAAAUGCACCUUUCAGCAGGGUAAUAAACUACAACACAAAGCCAAAUCUAUACUGAAGUUGCUUACCAAGAAGACCGUUAUAUAAUGUUCCUGAGUGACCAAGUGAAAGUUUGGACUUAAAUCUGCUUGACAAUAUAUGGCAAGAUUUCAAAAUGGCUUUGUAGCCAUGACCCCCAACACCUUGACAGAGCUUGACACAUUUUAAAAAGAGUAAUGGGCAAAUAUUGCACAAUCCAAGUGUGAAGCGCUCUUCGAGACUAACCCAAGAAGACUCACAGCUGUAAUCGCUGCCCAAAAAGUGUUUCUAGCAUGUAUUGACCCGGGGUGAAUACUUCUCUAAUUAAGGUACUGUAUAUUCUUUUUCAUUACAUUUUAAGAAAUGUAAAAAGUAAAAAUCUCACUUGUGCAUUUCAGAGUAUGUUGUGUAGAUUGUUGACAAAAAAUGACAAAUCCAUUUGAAUCCCACUAAAGCAAUACAAUGUGAAGACAUCCAAGGUGGUGGAAUACUUAUGAUAUCAACUGUACACUGAGUGUACAAUAUUCCUAAUGAGUUGGACCCCCUUUUGCCCUCAGAACAGACUCAAUUGGUUGGUGUUAGGACUCAAUAAGUUCCACAGGGAUACUGGCCCAUGUUGACUCUAAUGCUUCCCACAGUUGUGUCAAAUUGGCUGGAUGUCCUUUGGGUGGUGGACCAUUAUUUAUGCACGCAGGAAAUUGUUGAGCGUGAAAAACACAGCAGCGUUGACACACUCAAACCAGUGCACCUGGCACCUACUACCAUACCUCAUUCAGAGGCAUUUUCAUCCACCUGUCAAUCCAUUAUAAUCAUUCUACAACCCUGAAAAGUACACACGUUCUUGACAUACCUCAGGGAAAUACAACCCAAGUGUUUUAGAUAGAGUACAUUCACAGUAAACAUGAUGUCAAAGACAUAUUUUGUACAGCAGGCCCAAUACUUCUCUCUUCCCUAGUCUUGCCAGAUCCUGUGAGGUUUCUAUAACAGAUAUAUGGGUGCAAUUUCUUAUUUGUGAUAGAUACUCUUGACAACUUCUUUUCAACUCUGGAUGGACUGCAUCAUUUGUGUCAGAUUGUGGUUUGAGAUGUGAUCAUUACAGUUUAUGAUCAGAGCUUGUUUUCUGUAUUUCUUUAAGUUUGUUUUCUGUAAACAGGAAAUGAUGGGGGUUGAUAUUGUCAGUGUUGUUAAUUGUAAUGGCAAAAUAUUUGUUCUGCUUGUGUGAUGUAUUCCUAUACAGUAGGAAACCUUUGAGGCUAUAUAGUGUGGAGGAGUUUAUAAACCAAGACAGAAGGUCAAUAUUUGGGUUGUCUCCCUGAACUUUAUUAUUAUUAUCUCUCAACAGAGAAUUGGUCAAAACACAGUUAAAUAUAAUGCUUGCAUGAUAUUAAACGAUAUUGCAUCACAUAGUGCUAAAUUGCACCAACUUCCACGCUCCAAAACUCUCCUUUCAAUUGCAAUUAUGUCCCUAACUAAAAAUAUAUAAAUUUGGGACACCGCAAUGGUCUCCUCUCCUUUUCUUCCCAGCCUGGCUAAGUGUCUGCUCAUCUGGGGCCCAGGUCAAAGAAGAAAUUGACCUCUGACCUCUAGCCCAGUCUGACCAGUAAACGCAGACCUGGAAUUCAUAAAAACUGUCUAGUACAUCACCACCCAGGCAACUAACAGAUAGCAUCAACUGGACUAGAGGAUAGCAUAGUAUUGAGGAUCUAUUCAUGCAGCCAGACAACAACGGUGGUGACCAGUGAUUAAGUGUGUGGCCUGUCUGUUGCCUGGCCCCCCACUGGGAGAGUUUUGAGAGGGAGAUUAACUCAUAUCUGUCCACUGAGGACAAAAUGGUGGCUCGUCCUCAGUACCCCAGUUUGGUAUUUUCAUUGGAACCCUUGUGAUGAGAUUAAAAGAGCUGAUUACAUGUACUGUGUUUCAAUUGCCAACGAUCGACAGGCUCCUUCACACGCUUAACCGCUUGGUUGGAAUUAAAUAGUUUCUUUAAUGUCUGAUGAUCACAGGCAGAAUGUGCUUUACCUCUUUUUCCCCUUUUAUUUUUUGAUACAAAGUUAAUUUAUUCAUGGAAUAUAUUUCUGUAGCAAUGCUUUGUUCUCUCUCGCUAGGUGAUUAACUAUGUUGAUGUGGCUUUUAAACAUAAUUUAGUGUGACGGAUGAAUUACAGUUAAAAUCCUGGGCUAGUGAUACCAUGUAAAUACUCUUUGUUUGAUUAGAAUUAUUCAUUUUCUAAUUUGGUUGGUUCUUCACUGAAUUACAAGUUGUGUAAUGUUGUUUUGGACAGUCAAUGUUAUCUUUGGAGGCUAUUUCUCUAUUUCUUUUCACCCAAAAUUACCUCUAUUUUUGAAGCCAAGAGGAAGCUCCGAUCUUGCGUUGUCUUGAAAUCCAAUUACAAAAAUAAAAAUGUUAUUUAUAUGGCA